AUGAAGAAGGACAUCUUCGAUCAGAUGAAGGAUGCCAAGAACAAGGGCCAAAGCGGAGCUCAGCCGGCGAAGCGGGCUGACUGCCCAAAGAGCGACCAGCUCUCCCCGUUCAGGGCAUUCUGCAUUGUGCAGGGAGAGAUCUUCGUGAAGUUCAACGACACUGACGACAAGUGCAGAAAAAUCGUCAGCAUAGGUGGUGCCAACACAUCGGCACUUUUUGCCGCUUCGAGGACCUGCGGCGCUGCGGGCGAGUGGAAGCGGAGAGUUGCCGAGGAGCUUAGCGCCGUCUACUUCGUGGGUGGCUGGGAGGAAUGGCCGAAGAGUGAAGGCGAGCCUGUGGAAGUAGAGCUAGAAGAUGGCAACUUCUCGGUGCCCAUCACGGCCGAGAACUACGAACUCAUUAAAGACUGCUGGGCUCGAGGCUGCGGAUGUGAGCAGGCCGCGAACCCCAAGAUGAAGGGCGUGCUGUGGUCUCUCCUCGCCAUCUGCGUUUUCGGGAUCGGCUGGGACAGCGUGAAGCUGACCUGGGAGAAGAUCUUCGGCAAGAAGAAGGACAAGGAGAAGAAGGAGAAAAAGGAGAAGAAGGAGAAGAAGGACAAGAAAGAAAAGAAGUCCAAGAAAGGAGACGACGAGGUCACCGGCGAUGAGUCGACUGAGACCAAAUCGGAGAAAGAUGAUGGCGACGACAAAAGUGCCAAGGACACACAAGACACAGACGCAGAAGGCAAGGAGGAGAAGGAGGAGAAGGAGGAGGACGGCAAGGAGGAUGGUGAGAAUGCCAUGGACGCAGACAAGAAUGAGUAG